AUUCAGUUUGAACGCGAUUCAAUCGGCUCCACGAAGCGACGAAGUGAACCGCCGAUCGCAAAACCGUCGGAGGUUAAUGGCACAACGACUACCAAAUGUAAUGCAGAGACCGAGGAUACAUCGCACUGCAUAAGCCGUCCGCUAGUGAGCGGUGGUACUCUGAAAUCAAAUGUUAUCGAUACGCUGAUGGAAAUGGAGGCACGAACAAAUCAGGAGAUGACAGCACGCUAUCGUAAUUCAGUGAUUACAUCGUCAACUGCGGCACUGGACAAUCUGCGAGCCGGUGAAGUUGGUGACGUUCCGUCUGCUUUCUCGCUGCCCUGCAGAGCUUGUACCGUCGAUGACUUGAACGAAUUAUCCAGAACAACGCUUGUUUUAAUGGUUGAUUGGGCCAAAGGCCUGGAACCGUUCACUGAUCUUAUAAUGGACGAUAAAAUUAUCUUGCUGAAGAAUUAUGCGCCGCAGCAUCUAAUCCUGGUACCGGCCUUUCGCUCGCCCGACACAACCCGCGUGUGCCUUUUCAAUAAUACUUAUAUGAGUCGCGAACAGAGCAUCGAACUUGAAGGAUUAUCAGCGUUCAAGACGAGCAAUAUCACACCACGUGUACUGGACGAAAUUGUUUGGCCAAUGAGACAGCUUCAGAUGAGGGAAGAGGAAUUCGUUUGUUUGAAAGCCUUGGCAUUUUUGCAUCCCGAAGCAAAAGGACUUUCUGUGCCUGCUCAGACGGUAAUUCGUGAGGCGCGUAAUCGAGUGCUCAAAGCGCUCUACUGCUAUGUGCUGACGGAGAUGCCGGAGGAUGCGCCCACACGCUACGGGAAUAUUUUAUUGCUUGCGCCAGCACUAAAGGCACUGGCACAGGCUCAUGGGAACCGCUUAUUUACGGUGCGAAGCAUUUGCCAGUAUUUUACUGACCUACGGGUAAUUCGUGAGGCGCGUAAUCGAGUGCUCAAAGCGCUCUACUGUUAUGUGUUGACGGAGAUGCCGGAGGAUGCGCCCACGCGUUACGGGAAUAUUUUAUUGCUUGCGCCAGCACUAAAGGCACUGGCACAGUUGCUCAUCGAAAAUAUGACGCUGACGAAAUUUUUUGGUCUUGCCGAAGUGGACUCGCUGCUCUCGGAGUUCAUCCUGGACAGCCCAAGUGACCUGACACAGCCAUCGCUGCAGCAGCGCUUCACCUCAUCCUAUUUUCUAACGUCCCCCACCACCACUAACACUAGUUGCUCAGACAUUGAUGCGCAGCGCAUCAUGACCAUUUUGUGAGU